AGAGAUGAUGAUGCAGCAGGAGGGCGCUACGUCGCAGUCAGAGAACCUGCAGGUUUAUCUGAGGGUUCGACCGUUCACUGCGUCUGAGCGCGACAGCGGAGAAUCACAGGAGUGUGUGACCAUGGAAGGACCAGACAGACACUGUGGUCCUGAAAGCUCAGAGGAGCUGUCAAUCAAAACCGACAGAGUGAUAAGUCCCUCCCACAGACGGCUCAGAGGUUCAGCUUCACUCAGGUGUUUGGUCCAGAGUCCAGUCAGAGGAACGUGUUUCGAGGGUUCUGUCCGUGGUCUGGUCCGGGACGUUCUGGAGGGCGAGAACUGUCUGGUGUUCACCUACGCAGUCACCAACGCCGGGAAAACCUUCACGUUCCUCGGACGCCCGGCACGUCCUCUGGCACCACUAACUUCACCAUCACGAGGACACGCCCCCAUGUUAGCUACAGGUGUGUGUGUGUGUGUGUGUGUGUACACACCUGAGCACAGAACCUGAAGACGCUCUGCGUGCUGUGGAAAGACGUCACGCUCUGGUUGAUGUUGACGACCAUUGAGACGCGUCCACCACCACAGAAGAAGAACUGCAGGAGGUGAGUCAGUUUAGACUCUCUGAACGGGACAUGUUUCUGGACCCUGGAGAGACAGACGGUGUCAGAGACAGACAGACAGGCUGCGGUCAUACUCGGUG